UCACGUUGGAAUACCGAAUGUAUAUGGUUUUUGAUCGGAUAGAUUGAAUAGCAUGAAAUUAUUUAUAUAGAGCUAAUAUUCUUUUUUUGAAAACAACUUGAUUGAUUUUUAUAAUAAAAUAAAAUAAGAAAAUGUUGCGAAACUCUGUCAAUGGUUGUUGCCGAAUAUUAUUAAAAUUAAAUACUGUACAGAGCAAUAUAACAUGUAAAUCAAUUCACAUAGUACAUCGAACUAGGCGUACUAUUUUAAAAAAUUCAAUUUCUCUUAAUUCGAAUCGUUUCGAUUCUCAUAUAUUAAAUGCUUUCUUUGUACGGCAUGCAAGUACAAACGAUACAAAGGAAGUUCCUGAAGUAAUUCGAAUAGAUUUAACGAAUCAUACGACUGUUAAUAAAGACGAUCCAUUAUUUGAAAUACCAGAUAUACCAACUCCGGUAGAAGAGGUAGUUACAGUGGUACAAAAGAUACAUCCUAAUGGUGAAGUAGCAUUAGAAAGUCUAGGUUUAGGAGGAUUUAAUCCUGUAGGUCUUAUUCAAUCUUCUUUGGAAUGGUUGCACAUCUCUUGCGAAUUACCUUGGUGGAGUACGAUUGCUAUAGGAACCUUGAUCGUUAGAUCACUCCUAUUGCCUGUAGUAAUAAAAUCUCAAAGGUAUUCAGCCAAAAUGAGUUUACAUUUUCCACAAAUAUCUAAAUUACAACAGAAUUUAACAGAUGCUAGAAUGAGUGGGGAUCAUUAUCAAACUGCAUUAUAUACGAAUGAAUUAUAUAAGCUUAUGAAGGAAUCAGGCUUAAGUCCUUGGAAAUCUUUUCUUCCUAUGCUUAUGCAGGCACCUGUAUUUCUUUGCAUCGUCUUGGCUUUGAAACAAAUGACAAAUUUACCAGUUGAAAGUUUAAAAACUGGUGGUCUAUGGUGGUUUGAAAAUUUGACUGUGUCAGAUCCUUAUUACAUAUUACCUUUAAUAACAAGUGCAACAUUAUUCAUUACGAUUGAAGUUGGAACAGAUUCAUUACCAACUUCAUCAAUGGGAAUGGUUAAAUAUGUUUUACGUUGCAUCCCAUUAGUCACAUUACCAAUUUCAGCAACUUUUACAUCUGCCAUAUUAUUUUAUUGGACAACGUCAAACUUUUUCUCUUUAAUACAAGUUGGUUUAUUAAGAACAGAACGUGUAAGAAAAUUUUUAAAUUUACCAUUGAUAAUACAACACAAAUCUACUGAUCCAAUUGCAAAGAAAGGAUUUAUAAAAGGAAUAAAAGAAUCUUGGGAAAAUAUAAAAAUAACGAAGCAGAUUGCUGAAAGAGAUCACAUAGAUAUGGUGAAAUUUAAUAAUGCUGGAAGAGGUCCUGUAAUAAAAACAUAUGCAUACGAUCCAACGAAACAAAUCAAACAAGCUAAAAUACGCACAAAAAAUAAAUAAAUAUAAAAAGAUAAUUCAUUGGAAUAAUUGUAAAAAUGUAGAGUU